CACCAAGGUUUUGAAACGCCCUGACUUUCUCUCUCCGCAGUAUUUAGAUCGUGUACGGAUGUCUUUACCAAUAUGCUCGAUGUAUUAAAUUAGCAUAUUUCAACACAGAGAGAGAGAGAGAGAACAAAUUAAGUAAGAGAACGAUAAAAUAAAUGUGUUGAAAAAAAAGAACAAUAUACUUAACUGACUUUCUAAAAUACUUUGACAACAUAACGUUAUGAAAGUGCUAUAGGAACACUUACUGGAACCUAAACGUCAUGGCAAAAGUUGGAAGUGCUUCUUCAGGGAGGGCUUAUGCUUCUGAAGAAAACAUAUAUACCAUUCCCACGUGCUUUCAUCACAUCCCUCAUCCUCUGGAUAUGAAAGGCCCGCAGGAGCUGUACAGAGUUGGGACGGAUAAUCCAACCUACCGCAAUUCAGAAGUUGGACUGAUUAUUCCACAUUAUGCAGAAAAGCAUUCUCUGAAAAAACCCACUAAGAAUAGCGCUCCCACUUGUGCAAUUUUAGAAAAUUAUCCUUGUCUAAAGUUUUGGAAAUUACGCUUCAAAACUGAAGAAGCAAGUCUCCGUCACCGCACGAUUGUACUUUUUCUUGCCCUUUUGGUAGUAUUACUCAUUCUUGUUCUUGGUAUCGCAAUGGCAGUUUACAUAGCUGCUGGAGGAAGUCUGAAUUGGAAAGAUUCCAGUAGCGACCCACGAGAAGAAG